CAUCCCAAUAUUUUGUCUUUUCUUCAUAGUACCGAGAUUGAAACUUUCGAUGGUGGUUCUUCGAAGGUCACGAUUUAUAUUGUGACUGAACCUGCAAUGCCAUUGUCUGAUAAGAUUAAGGAGUUAGGUCUUGAAGGUGCACAAAGGGAUGAAUAUUAUGCUCGGGGACUGCAUCAGAUAGCGAAAGCCGUGAGCUUCUUAAAUAACGACUGUAAACUUAUUCAUGGUAAUGUUUGCUUGGCCAGCGUUGUUGUCACACAGACUUUAGAUUGGAAACUCCAUGCUUUUGAUGUUCUAUCAGAGUUUGAUGGAAGUAAUGAGCCAUCCUCUACGCAAAUGUUGGUAAUUAUUUUUAUAUUGAUACUAUUAUGAUGCCUCGAUGACCCGAAAGGAAUUGAAGGAUAUUAUUUGUCCCAUAAAUGUUGCAAGUGUUUGGAUGCCUUAGUGAUUUUAUCAUCUUGAGUGCAAUUCUAGACUUUUAAUUGUCAGUAAUAUAUUAUAUGAUAUAUGCGGCUAAAUUUUGAUACUAUUAUGAUGCAUCGAUGACCCGAAAGGAAUUGAUGGAUAUUAUUUGUCCCAUAAAUGUUAAGUGUUUGGAUGCCUCUGUGAUUUUAUAAUCUUGAGUGCAAUUCUAGACUAUGAAUUGUCACUCAUAUUAUAUGAUAUAUUGGCCUAAAUUUUGAUACUAUUACGAUGCCUCGAUGAUCCGAAAGG